AUGAAUAAGUACGCAGGUCGAGGGUCGAGGCCGCCCCAGAGUAUGGUGAUCCUGUGGCGGAUGGCGGCCGGCGUCUUCCUUCCAUUGGUCCCAACUCUCGCCGUUUUCGGCAAUGCUCUCGUCAUCAUUGCUGUAUUCCGGGAACGGUCCCUGCAGACGGUCACCAACAUGCUCAUCGUCAGCUUAGCCGUUUCCGAUUUUAUGGUGGGUCUUUUUCUGGAUACAGUCAUUUGGUGGCCCGACGGAAAAAGGAGUUAGAUUUUUCGAUUCGUUUUUCAUUCCCAAGCUAGAAUUCGAUAACGCAUGGACGCUGGUGACAGAUCAUAUUUGCGACUGGAAUUUACUCCCUAGAUUUUUUUCAUUUUCACCCUUACAUGUAUUGAGACAAAUUUCAGCAUUAUCGCUCAGUUCUAGCCAGCCACUCUGAUAAGUUGUAGAAAAUAUCGAGAACAUGAAAUCCUAGGUAAAAAAAAAGGUCUGUUCGCAAAACUUCACUGUAGCAUAUGAUGAGACAAAAAAUCUCUUCAGGACUGAAGGGAGUUUUCACCCCUAUUUUCAGGUCACUAAAGAGUUUUAAUUCUAUGAAGGAGAAUACCGAAGCAAAUUUACGCAUUUCAAAGAAAGAAGAAUCUUAUUUGAUUUGUGAAGGGCAUUAUUCCGUGAAAAGAGGUGAAAUUAGUAAUUUAUAAUUUUUCUUGAAUCGAAAAAAACGUUUUUCUGAUAUUUUUUUCAAAAAAAGCAAAAAGGCGACUUUUUGAACUCAUAUCUACCGACGACUUCAAGGAAGACAAAAGAUGAAAGAAAAAAAGAGUUAUGCAUUUUUUUCAAAAUUUCUUCCUUUUCGAGCUUUUUUCUGAAACUAAAAAAAUAAAGUUUUUCAAGAUUUGUCAGCAGCUUACAGUCACUACUUUUUUUCAGCGCGAUUUGAAAAUAAAAAUUGAUUUAUUUUUAGUUUUGUCUGCUAUGUUAACACUGAACUAACUUGAGAGUUGGACAGCACCGGAAAUGAGAUCAAUCUUUUUGAAAAACUGUAACUAAGGUUUUUUCGAGUAACUGAAGAUCUUUCAGUUCUUUGAUUUUUAAUUCGUGAUUAUGUCCAUAAGAAGUGGUGGUCGUAAACGUGAUUUGGAAGAAAAGGCCUGCGUCAAGGCGAACCUACUCCCAACACGUAAUCAAAUGUUAUUUCACGGCUUCUUGCAAAAAAAAGCCAUUGAUAAAUGACGACGUUAUUUGGUCGUAGCGCCGUUCGCCACCGCAUGAUAUCAGGGAAUGGCUCACGAUGCCGUCGAGAAAGGUCCCUGGAGAUUGGGCCAUCCACUAUAUCUGCAGGUCAAUCCUCCGACCCGCAUCUCUGGAACGAACUCAAUCUCAAACUGCUAAUAGACCCGCAAAGAGGGACUCUUUUUUCUGGGUCAUUUUAGCUUAGUUUUUCAUGGCUUCUUGUGAGGCUUUCUUUCCGCGAAGAUCUGGGAAAAUUGGCUUUCAAACCGAAAAAUCAACUACACUUUAAGACCUGGCUGAUUCAACAGAGUGAAGCAGACCUCUGAGGUUCCAAAUUGAAGAAUUGGAAGUUCGAGAAGGUGCAAAAUUGAUUAACGAAGGAGUAACCGAUGUUAUAAAGAACCUCAAGGUUAUCUUCCAAAAGCGAGAAUUUGGAUUGGAAAAUUUCCUGUCUUUUAGUGCUGACUUCCAUUUUCCAGCUUCUUCUUGAAAAUUUGAUAAAAAAAGAAAAAACCAGGAAAUAGAUAUUUUUCUUUCUAUUCAAACAAAUAUCGCAACAUUGGGCCCAAACCCCUCAAUGCCUAUUAUGCUUCCAAUUUCUCUUUUUUUCCGCAAUGAAAAAUGACGUCAUUUGCAAUGCCAUCCAUAACGUUUUUUCAAUCUCAAAGGGAUGCCCAAGAAAUCAGGAAAAAAUUUUGAAACCAAACCAAGAGGAACGCCAGCUAUUUUCCAAUUCCCAAGUGAAUGUUUGGAAAGCACUAAGGGUUGAUUCUGUCCGAAGAUAAGUCGGCUGUGCUCUUCCUUGCAAAAAAAAAAGAAAAAAAGAGCAGAACGAUGAUCGAAAGUUCGAGGUUUUUGGAACUUCCCUGAGGAGCUCAAAGAGUAUCCAAGAUUUUCGGCAUUUUUUGUGGAUUUUUCCAGAAAAAAAAAGCUUCUAAAGCGGCUUUACAUUUUGCAAAUCUUUUCUUGUCGUUUGGAAGAUUGAUAAAUCAAGAAGAAAGAUCGAAGAUUGGACAUAUUUCCGUAAAAAAUUUAAAACUCUCUAUGAACUUCAUGAAAACAGGGAGAUUUCCAUGAAGAUGCUUCAUGUUUUCAAGCUUCUUUGUGCUAAAAUGUUUUUAAAUUAGGUUCUAAACAAACGACGGUCUGCAAAAAAACAACUCUGAUAACCUUAAAAAUCUCAAUUGAUUUCUCAAGGAUUGAUAAAUCAAGAUAUCAAAAAGAUAUCCAAGAACGAAAAACUCAAGAAAUGGUUUUCAGGUGGCGAUUGGCGUCAUGUCUUUCGGGGUUUAUUACGAGGUUCGUUAAUUACAAACUCGAGCUAAGGACUCAUAGGAAUAACUUCAGUGGAACAGUUUCAAAUGGGAAUUGGGUCCAUUUUUCUGCAACAUUUACCAAGCGUUGGACGUCGCGUGUUCGACCGCAUCAAUAUUAAAUUUGCUUGCCAUAUCGCUUGACAGGUACUCUUUUUGUUUCCUGUUCCCUUCGUCUCUUAAAUAUUCAGUUUUUUUCGUUCAAGGUGUCGUCUAAAAAUAAGUUGGAGGAAGGGGUAACUUUUGCUCAAAUAUUCUGGGGUUCAUGAGGAAGAGACAAAAAAAAGGAAGAAAUGGAAAAAAAUCAGCUUUUUCUCAGGUUCAUUUUAAAGUUUAAAAAGUAUCAUUUUGGGAAUUUCCGAAAAGGCCAAUUUAAUUUAAUUGAAUUUUGAAAGCGUCUCAAUUUCUGUGCUUGAAAGUUGCCGAAAAGGUUAUUAGGACCUUUCAGAGUUGUAAAAAAACUCUUCAAUUAGACUCAUGACUGCUUGGUAGACUUCAAGAAUCCUUCUCAAACUCAAAAAUUUUUUCGUGAAAACUUAUUCAGUCUAUUAUCCGUCCUUCGUAGAGGUUCUACUUUGAACUUUUGUGAGGACAAUGCUUUCAGGUAUAUUGCGAUAGGACAUCCGAUCUCUUAUGCCCAAUAUGGAGCUCGAGGAGGUCGAGCGAUGGUUUCCAUCUCAGUCGUCUGGGGCGUCAGCAUGUCUGUAGCUCUACCGAUCCUCCUUGGGGUCAAUCCAAUGGAGAAUGAGGUAUCAUUCCAAAACAUCGGUCUUUUUAAAAAUAACUGAAAAAGAAAAAUCGUACACUUCAUUUUCAAAAAAUCGUCUUCUCAUUUCAGUUCUGAUGAGAUACAGAUUUUUUCUUUCCUCUCGGCGACUUCGUGCUGCUUUUUUUUCAGUUUUUCAGCUUCUAAGCCAUUUCUGCCACAUUCAGAUGAGUUGAGCCGCUGGAGUUUGCAGGGUUUAGGCCCCCAGAGCCAAGUGCCAGUGUAUUUACUUCCUGGAAAUUUUAGUGGAGCCUAUUUCAUUUCACUCAAAGAUUGAUGAAAGGUUUAUGACGCCAGGAAGUUUUGUGAGAGGGAUAGGGACUUUUUUCUAUGCUUCUGAUCGGUCUCGAAGUUUGGAGGGAUAAUAUUCUUGAGAUUUCACGUACAGAUCCACUUCUGCUAGAAUUGACAUUAUGAACUCAAUGCAACUUCAUGGCCUGUUGUUACUAGGUUUAUUUUGAGAGUGAGAAAUGUUCUGAAAGUUCUCCUAAAUCUUGAUUUGGUAUGCGUCUGUUUCUCCUUUUAACUUUUCUGGUUCAAGCAGAGCAAAUUAAUUAAAAAAAAAAAAAUGAAAAAAAUGAAAAAAAUCCUGUGACAAAAAUUUCUUGUAGGAUUUGUAUCUUUCGUGAAAAAAAUCUAAAAAAAUGAAAAUCAAAUCCUGAGAUUAAGAAUUUUUUUAAAUUUUUUUGAAUAGCUUGUUCGAGAUUGUGGGAGUAAAUCUUUUGAUGUGAUCCAGAAGAUUGAAGAUUUAUAGAAGAACAAAAAUCAAGAAACUUUUUCUUCAUUUUUCAAGCAGGAUUUAUCUUUCUCAAGAAAAUGAUCAAUUUUGAAUGUCUGAAAACGUUUGAAAUUUCAAAAUCACAUGAAAAAACUUAAAAGGAAGGCAGAAUUUUUUUCUUUCAAACCACAGAGCAAAAGUCAUUUUUAGAGGAUUGCGCAAGAAAUUGAAGGGAAAGGCAUUUGAAAUUGAAUAUCUGAGUGUUCUGUAAAAAAAAUACGAAAAACGUCUCACUAGUUCGAUAAUUGGAUCGUUUCUUAUCUCAUCAUAAAUUUCUAUAAGUUCUCACUAACCGAACUCAAAAAGAAGUUUUUCGAGCCCAUAUAUUUCGAUAUUAGUUUCUGGCACCUCACAAGAUCUUUCAAUCGUUUUUGCGUAGUUUUUUCAUCUUCCUUUGGAUUUUUUUCGCGAAUGAUUGUAAUUUUCGAUUGGUUAUCACUGAUAAAAUUCGAUGAGAAUCUUUUUGAGCCAAAAAAUUCAAAACUAGGCCUAAAAAAAGAAAGCCUCGCGUCUCUGAGCGUAAUCUUUUCAUUUUCUCAUUUUCUCAAAAACUCGAAACUUUCGAAAGCUCAUGAAACAUCAUAAUUGACACCCUCAUCGCUGUGGAAUGUUCUGAUGCUCUCGCCUGUUUUGGAAUCGGUUGUAAGACGCGCGCGACGUGUCUGCAAUGAAUGAAUGAAUGGAAGACAAACGUGAAGACGAGCACCCGGAUGCUUGUCCGCUUAUUGCAUUAACUUGGCCCCCAACCGACCGCCGUUGCACAAGCGACUCUCCGAUAACAAAUCCACCGAGGCCACAAUUUUGGUUUCUUUCAAAAAUGUUCAGAGGGACUUGUGAGAAAAAUCAACAUGAGAAAAAUUGCCUUUCUUCACUGUUUUACGCGGCCUUUCAAAGCUGAGAGACAUUUGAAAAAUGAAACAUCGCAGAAUGGUUUCGAAAAACAAAUUUCAAAACGAUGUUCAUGAAAUUUAAUUUAAUGUUCAACUUCUGGUCGAGCUUCAUCUUUGAUUAUCCAUGAAGCAAACAAACUCUCUCAUCGUUUUUAUUUGGUUCUGCCUCUAUUGUUAUGUACUCUCCAUCUGAAAGCCCAAAGAGUCAAGGGUUCAAAGGCAAGAAAAAAACGUGGUUCGGGAGAUAAACGGUCUUAAUUAGACUUUUUUUACGAUUUUUUGAGAAGGAGGAAGUUUUUCAAAAAAAUAGAGAGCCUAAAAUGGAUAAUUAAUGGAAAGUUGAAGAAACUUUUUACGAUUGUUGGAAGAGUUUUAAUUGAAAAACAUGUUGAUCUUUGUACUUGGACUUUGUAAAGUAUUUAGAGAGAAAUAACUUUCUUCGAAAUUUUUUAUUAGGGUAACUUGAAAAGUCUCAACUUCGGUAUGUUUAAAAACCUUUAUUUUUUCAGAAAUGCGAGCUGGGCAAUCCAUAUUUCAACAUGAUUUCUUCAAUCUUCUCGUUUUUCAUUCCUUGCCUGGCGAUGAUUGUUCUUUACACAAUUAUCUUUCGAAGACUCCGACAAAGAGAAAGAGCACGAAGUUUGCGUCAGGCUCAACGUAAUGACAAUGACAAGGUUUGUUUCUUUCAGAAUCCAUCCGAACACUUCAUUCAAAGUCUAACGACUAAAAGUUCUGAGUGUUUCUGACAUUUCAAAAAAAAAAGCAACUGAUCCCAACACAUCGAAGGUUUUUCUCGAACUCAAAAAAGGACACGUAAUUGAAUGGCCUUUGUUGGCGCUGGUCCCAAUUUCAAAAGUUGCUCGAAAGCACUAAAACGUGUAAUUUUUCUCCUCUCAAAACGCUUUCUUUGUGUCGCAAUUUGUUUCCGGCGUGUUUCAGAACGGAAAAUAACACUCGAAUGAAAGAGGGAACAAUCCGAAAAAAGUUGCCAAUGGUUUUUUUGCAGAUCAGCUCAGCAUUGCUCGGUGGCGCACAGAUUGCUCGCCAAAUGGGCAAACAUUUCAAAAACCGGACCGACCAAAUUUUGCUCGAAAUCAGUUUUCAAGUAAGUUUUCGGCCUGUUUUUCCUAUUUUGGAAGGGUCCUGUGUCAAAAACAGAUGGAGGCCAGAAAAAGCAUUUUUCCACAAAUAUCACGUCAAUCUCAGAUUUUCUGCCGCUGACAAUUCGAAUUUAAUUUAUGAACCCAUGUGUUUUCGCCACCAAAAAUGUCUGAAAAAUUGCGGCAAUAAUAGAAUCUCAGCCUCAAAUCAAUGCUUAUUCGAUACGUAGGAGUCAGGGGAAAAAGCAAAAAUAGAAAAGGAAGAAAAAAGGAAUUACUUGCAGACUUCUUCGUUUCCGACAAUGUCAGACUCCUCAGAAGAAGGGUCAACGAUAUCGCCGAUGGUGGCCAGUUUCAACCAAUUCAUGCCGAAAUCCGGAGCAAGUCUUCAUUCUACGGCCACAAUCGCUGAAUGCGGCUCUAUGCCUAACUUGACGAUCAUAGACGAAAGAGACGGUGAGGAGCUGUGAAUAGCUCAUGAAUCGUUUCUGAAUGACUUCAGAAUCCAAGUCGGAAAUGAGAGAAAUCACAUUCCUGGAUCUCCAAGACGCCGUCGAGACUCUCGACGAAAAAUGCUCUUUGGCCGCCAUGACCAGGUUUUACCUUUCUCGACAACACAUUUUGAGUUCACUUGCAUGGAGUUUGGAAAAAGAAGCAUAUGCAGUUGCUAGCUUAGUGUCAAUGUUGUGUAUUCAUUGCACGAGCUAUGAAUAUUUCUCAGCAGGUCCUUUGGCGAAGAGCUCGAAGAAGUUCUGCCAUUUAUUGAUGGGACCAACAGUACGAAAGAUUCUAGGGAACAGCUACAUAUACCUAGGUAAGGGUCGUGUAGAUUAGGCUUUUCUAUCCUGUCUGUCAAGUCAUUUCGAAGUCCGAAACUGCACCGAAAAAAUCCAAAUAUUUUUCCUGAGUCUAUUCUUUGGGUAUUAGUAAAUUGUCGCAUUUCAGGUCGCAAGUGGCACCGGCGCCACGAUUACUCGACGUAAAACCUGAGCUGAAAAGCGUCAGCGUUCUUAGUAUGGAAGUGAGCUGUUGUCAUGUUUUAAUCCACCUGGAGUUUGGCUUCUUUUAGGAUGAGAAAAAACUAGCUCAAAAGAUGAAAGAAACUAGAGGGGUCGAAAAACCAACUGACCAGUGCAACGGGUCUUUGAAACAAACUUUGGUAAGUUUUUUUGAAUUUAUCUCUGGAAUUUCAGAAUAGAUAACAAAUCAGGAUGAAACUUGAUUUCUUGUUCGGUUUUUGAUCGAGAAAAAAUGGCAAUCGCAUUUUCUUAGAAUGUUAGUCGAAAGGGAAAAUUCAUUUUUUUUUGCAAGAAUAAAAAGAAAAAGUUCUGAAUCUUCUCCCUUAACGGAUCUAAACAGAUUUAUGAAGAAAAAAUAACUUUUGAAAAUUCCCUUAAUUCAAUCUCAUCUUAUUUUCCAUUUCCAGCUUCCCAAUCCGGGAAAACUGAUGAAAAGCAAAUCAACAACUCUACUGAAAUCAAACGGCUACAUGGACGAUGACUCACUAAAGGUUUUGAAAAAUUGGCUUCUUCUUUAUUUCCGGAUAUUUCUCAGAAUUCAACAUUGAAACCAACCAAAAGCCUGGCCGAUCUUCUCGCCAGAGAAGAUUUUUCUUUUUCUGACUCCAUGAGGGUCUACAAGAAUCGCCUGUGGAAGAGGUAGCUUGAAAGGAAGGAUGUAAAAAAACAUGGAAGUUCAAGAUUCACUAGAGCAACUAUUGGUUUAUCAAAAGGAAGACCGUCUCGGCAUAUGGUCAAAAAAGCCACAAAACAAAUGAGAAGAGAGCACAAGGCUACAGUAACUCUUGCUGUAGUUUUAGGUAUAGUUUGCCUCUUUUUUAGGACAGCCAUUUCAUUCAUUUCAGCGGUCUUUCUGAUUUGCUGGUUACCUUUCUUCGUACUUCACUUGGGCAACUCAAUCUGCCUGAUUUAUAAUCAUGAAUGUGUUGGAAUGCUGCCUCUUUACCUCGCCACUUGGCUAGGAUAGUGAGUUUUUCUUCUUCACUCAAAAAUUCAAGUCGCUGUUUGCAGUAUCAACUCCUCACUGAAUCCACUGAUCUACACGGUUUUCGACCAAAGGUUCCGCAACGCUUUCCGGAACAUUCUCAGUUGCGGAAUCUCAAAGAAACGUUGA